AAGCAUAGACUUGAAAGAGAGUUACAAGUAAUUAUGGAGUUAUGGAUGAGAUUGUUUCUUCUGUUUUUACAUUUUAAUUUUUCAUCUUCUCAUUCCUUAUGCCACCCUUAUGACAACUUUCUCUUGCAGCAGUUCAAUAACUCUCUUACUGUUACUUACGGUAAUGAAUGUUAUGAUCCAAAGAGAGCAACAUGGAAAAAUGAGUCAGAUUGUUGCUCUUGGGUUGGAGUCACCUGCCACCCCAUCUCCGGCCAUGUGAUUGGCCUUGACCUUUCCUGCAGCGGGCUUUAUGGCAAAAUCCAUCCAAACAGUACUCUUUUCCAUCUUUCCCAUCUCCAUUCACUUAACCUUGCUUUCAACGAUUUCGAUGAAUCUCAUUUUUCAUUUCACUUUGGUGCCUUUGCCAGCCUCACCUACCUAAACUUAUCUAGAUCUUACUUCCAAGGUCAAAUUCCUUCACAAAUCUCACACCUUUCCAAAUUAGCCUCCCUCGAUCUUUCAGAUAAUCCUUAUUUAAGGUGGAAAGAAGACAGUUGGAAGAGACUACUCCAAAAUGCAACACAUCUAACGGAACUUGUUUUGGAUUAUACAGACAUGUCUUCAAUUUCGAUUAAGAUUCUCAAUUUGUCUUCCUCUUUAGUCACUCUCAGUCUUCACAAUACUCAGCUAACAAAAAACUUGACAGGUGGUAUCUUUUGUUUACCAAAUCUUCAAUACCUGUAUCUUUCAUAUAAUUUCUACCAUCAAACCCAGCUUCCAAAUAUUUGUAGCACUACUUCUCUUAAUAUCUUAGAUCUUUCAUUUUCCCACUUCCAAGGCUCAAUCCCGCCAUCCUUCUCUAACCUCUCACAUCUUACUUCACUAGACCUCUCAUUUAACUCUUUGGACGAUUCAAUCCCAUCCUCUCUCCUAACUCUUCCAUGUCUCUCUUUUCUCAAUCUCUGUGGUAAUAGUCUUAGUGGUGAAAUCCCAAAUGUCUUUCCACAGGCAAACCAAUUUAAAGAAUUGCAUUUCAAUGGUAACAACUUAGGAGGUGAGCUGCCAUCAACACUUUCAAAUCUUCAACAUCUCACUCUCUUGGAUCUUUCAGGAAAUAAAUUCAGUGGUCAGAUCCCAGACGUGUUUGUCGGGCUAACCAAAUUGAGUUCUCUCGAUCUGUCAAAUAACAAUUUUGAAGGAAAAAUCCCAUCUUCGUUGCCCGACAAAAUAUCAGGAUUUUCAAGUCUAGUUAGCUUAUCAUUUGAUAACAACUUGCUGAAUGGGUCAAUUCCUUCAUGGUGUUUAUCUUUGCCAUCUUUGAAGUAUUUAAGUAUGUCAGAAAAUAAGUUCACAGGGCUUAUCGGUGCAAACUUAUCAUAUUCUUUGGAGACUUUACAGUUGUCCUACAACAAGUUACAAGGAAAAGUACCAGCCUUACUAUAUCUCUAUCUAUCCAAUAACAAAAUUGAUGGAAGAGUUCCCCAUUGGUUACCCAAGAUUACCUCAUUAUAUUUAUUGGACCUCUCUCACAACCAAUUGGAACAAUCACUGGACCAAUUUUCAUGGAACCAACAACUCCAAUAUCUUGAUUUUAGUUUUAACAAAAUCUCUGGUGUCAUCUCUUCCUCAAUUUGCAAUGCAAGUUCAAUUCAGUAUAUUAACUUGUCUCACAACAUGUUGACGGGCACCAUUCCACAAUGCCUUGCUAACUCAUCAUCAUACCUUGAAGUUUUGGAUCUACAACAGAACAAACUUCAUGGCACUUUGCCAAGUAGAUUUUCAAAGAAUUGUGGGCUCAAUAUUCUGAAUCUCAAUGACAACCAAUUAAAAGGUUCUUUGCCAGAAUCUUUAUGCAAUUGCAUUUGUCUGGAGGCUUUAGAUCUUGCCAACAAUGAACUAGAGGAUACCUUUCCCCAUUGGCUUACCGGUCUGCGAGAUUUGAGAUUAUUGGUUUUGCGAGGCAAUAACUUUCAUGGCCCCAUUGAAAAUUUAAAGACCAAACAUGGAUUUGUGAGUUUAGUUAUACUUGAUAUCUCUUCCAACAACUUCAGCGGCCCAAUACCAAAGGUCUACAUAAGAAAGUUUGAAGCCAUGAAGAAUGUUGUUCAUGAUGACGCUAGGGAAUACAUUGGAAAUUAUCCACCUAUAGGAAUAAAAACUGACUAUUUGAAUAUAACAACAAAAUCCAUUGUUGUGACAAUGGACAAUAUUUGGACUGACUUCGUGAUCAUUGAUUUAUCAAAAAACAUAUUUGAUGGAGAGAUUCCAGAUGUGAUCGGAAAGCUUCGUGCUCUUAGAGCGCUAAACCUUUCUCAUAACAUACUUAAAGGUCCUAUUCCCCAAUCCCUGGCAAAUUUGACAAACUUAGAAUCAUUGGAUCUGUCCUCAAAUAUGCUUACUGGUAUGAUUCCUACAGAACUAACCAAUUUGAACUUUCUGGAAGUUCUGAAUCUUUCCAAUAAUCACAUUGUGGGAGCAAUACCUGAAGGAAAACAAUUCAAUACAUUUUCCAAUGAUUCCUAUGAGGGAAACUCAGGGUUAUGUGGGUUCCCAUUGACAAAAAAAUGCAGCAAGGAGCCUGAAGAACAUUCUCCAACUUCAUUGCCCUUCAAGAGAGAAGAUGGAUUUGGAUUUGGAUGGAAAGCGGUGGCUCUGGGAUAUGGAUGUGGAAUGGUAUUUGGAAUGGGAAUGGGAUGUUGUGUGUUUUUAAUAGGAAAGCCGCAAUGGCUUGUGAGAAUGGUUGCAUGACUUGGGGUUUUCUAGUUGUACAUCUUGUUCAAAUUCCAAAGCCUUCAUGGAAAACAAAAUAAGAGCAACAACCUUGUAACUUUGCACUGCAUCGGAGAUUUGGUUCAAAGUUUAGUUGUAAUAUGAAUGUGUUGUAUGUCCAUUAUGAAUAUUUGAUUCCAAGUUUAGUUGUAAUUCAUAAACUCUUCUCUGUUGGCUAAGCAACCUUCUGUUCUACUCGGCUUUUAGUUUCUGUUUCUUCUUUCUCCUUUCUUCUCUUUCAUUUUGCAGCCACGUUCUUUAGCCAUGGGUUCUAAAACUCUGUGAGUAAUAUGAGUGUU